CUCCCGUUUCACUUUCUCCCCUCUCUCUGUCUCUCUCCAACCGAGAGAGAAUACAACCAAAACCAAAUUAAUAAAAACAAAACCAACGCGAUUUAGGAGCACCGAAGAAGAUAUCGUGCAAGCGAGAGUUGGAAAGAGAAACCCUCGACGAAGAAUCCCCGAAUCCAAAGAAGAAUGGCGGGAACGGCGACGGCGGCGGCGGCAACGGCGGCGGUGAUGACGUCUCGGGCGAACCAGGCCAACGGCGACCACCACCACCGCCGGCCCUACCCUCCUCCGGGCAGCCGCCCCCAUUACCUGGGCCCAUCUUCCUCUUAUUCCUCCUCCUCUUCUUCCGCCGCCUCCCUCAAGGGCUGCUGCUGCUGCCUCUUCCUCCUCCUCACCUUCCUCACCCUCCUCGCCGUCGCCGUCGUCCUCGUCAUCGUCCUAGUCGUCAAGCCCAAGAAGCCCCAGUUCGAUCUCCAGCAGGUCGGCGUCCAAUACCUCCUCGUCGCCCCCUCCGUCGCCACCGGAACCACCGCCUCGCCGGCGGCGGCGUACCUCUCCCUCAACAUCACGCUGCUGUUCACCGCGCAGAACCCGAACAAGGUGGGAAUCCGGUACGGGAAGACGCAGUUCGUGGUGAUGUACCGCGGGGUGCCGCUGGGCGUGGCCACCGUGCCCGGGUUCGAGCAGCCGGCCCACUCGACCCGCCUGCUCCAGACCCGGGUCAGCGUCAGCCGGUUCAACGUCCUCCAGGCCGACGCCCUCGACCUCAUCCGCGACGCCCUCGUCAACGACCGCGUCGAGCUCCGCAUCACCGGCGACGUCGGCGCCAAGAUCCGCUUCCUCGGCUUCACCUCCCCACGAGUCCAGGUGUCGGUGGACUGUGCGAUAGUGAUCAGCCCGCGGAAGCAGUCGCUGACGUACAAGCAGUGCGGUGUGGACGGAUUGAACGUGUGAACCGCCAAAAAAAAGAAAGAAAAAAAAAAAAAAAAAGGAAGAAAAAUAUGUUAGAUUUUGUUUUUAGAUUUUAAAUUUAAUUUUAACUUUCUUCGGGUCGAAGUAAAGUGGACCGCUUGCUAUCGUGCGCGGGAUGUGCAGGACUGUUUUUUGUAAUUUAAUAUUUUAUUUUUCUUUUUCUAGGGAGGGUUGGUGGUGGGUGGGAGGGUCCGCUGAUUGAGAUUGAGGGGGAGCGGGAGUGGAAGGAGGACAGCCCCCACCACGGCGCCGUUUUGUCUGUUCUCUGAUAUCUGGACAUGGUGUAUUAUUUGUGGUGAUGGGAGGAGGUAACUGAACCCUGGAGGUGAUGGGAUUCGAGAAAAAUCAAAUCUACGGCUUCAAGCUGAGAACUUGCUAUGUUAUCAAAAGAUAACAUCUCCCUGUCUUCUAACCAGGAAUGGAUCGGCCAAAUGUUUGUUAAUCCGAACUCAUCCCAUGUAUUAAAGAUUUUUUAGAAUUAUUGGGUUGAAAAUUCUAUGGAAUUUAUAGAUUCGACUUGAUCUA